UUCAUGUAAAGUGGGAAGAUGGGAAAGUGAUAAUCAUAUUUUGUAAAACCCGUUUAAUAAUCACUUAUUUAUAAUUAUAGGAACACAACAUCUAACGUUUCUUGUAGUAUUAAGGGACUUUAGUAAUACAAAUAACCGCAAAAAUGUUAAAAAAUCCCUUUUUGAUGCGACAAUAAUAAAUACAUGAAAAUAAUGUAAUGCGUUCACAUAUAUACAAUAUUUGUUGUCCGUGUUACGUUAACAUUGAAAAAGAUCAGGGAUACUUACUAAAUAUGAAUUGCUAAUUACGAGGGUCAUGAUUCAUAAGGUUACAGGUUACGGGAAUCGUAAUUGAGUCGUUCAGUGCACAAAACAGUAGUUGAGUUAUUAAGUGGAUAGCCGACUGUAAAUAAUUCCUGUGAAAUGAUUGAGAGUGUAUCGCGUCGUGCCUUCAGCAGCUCCAGCGGUACCUACAAUGUUCGCGCGUCAGAACUUGCGCGCGAACGUAAGCUUAACAUCUUCAAUGUUACUGUCGUCUUCUUGGAUGACACCGAGCAAUCGUUUCAAAUUGAGAAAAAAGCAAAGGGAUCUGUCUUACUGGAACAUGUAUUCCAACAAUUAGAACUCAUUGAGAAGGAUUACUUUGGUUUACAAUUCACUGAAAAUGGAUCAAUUCCAAAUGCUACAAACACAGAGAUAACGCGGUGGCUAGAUGGUGGUAAAUCAGUGAAGAAACAAGUUGGUGUAAAUGCUCAAUUCUGGUUGGCAGUACGUUUCUACCCGCCUGAGCCCUGUCGUUUGGCUGAAGAGUUUACAAGAUAUUUACUGUGCUUGCAGCUGAGGAAAUUGUUACUAGACGGUAGAAUGUCGGCUCCAAAGAAUACCGCUUUAUUGUUGGCAUCAUUUACUGUACAAGCCGAAUUAGGAGAUUAUAACGCAUCAGAACAUUCGCCAAACUACUUAUCCGAGUUGUGUUUGUUACCGAAACAAAGCGCGGAAGACGAGAGACGUAUAAGAGAACUGCACAAGUUACACAAAGGCCAGGCACCGGCGGACGCCGAGGCGAACUUUCUAGAACACGCCAAGAGAUUAGAUUGUUACGGAGUCGAAUCGCACCCUGCAAAGGAUUACAACGGAAAGGACAUACUGAUUGGCGUAACGUCAAUCGGUAUAGUCGUGUUCCAGAACAAUAUAAGAGUCAAUACGUUUUCUUGGAGUAAAAUUGUGAAGAUAUCAUUCAAAAAGAAGCAAUUCUUCAUUCAAUUGAAACGAGAACCAUCCGAAUCAUACGAUACUGUAUUAAUCUUCAAUAUGCGGUCGGGUCGAGCUGCGAAGGCGCUCUGGCGCUGCAGUGUGGAGCGACACGGGUUCUUCCGGCUGCGGGCCCCCCGACGCCGGCCGCUGCUGGGGGCCCUGGGAGCUCUCGCGGGGGUCACCGCCCCCACCGUGGCGAGGACCGAAACACAAGCCCUGGAAGACGCGAGACGAUCUCGAUCCAGCAAUAGAAGUUUUGUUCGCCGCAGCAGCUCCCGCACGCGCGAGCGCUCGGCGGGCGCGUCGCCGGCGCAGGGCGCGGGCGCGGCGCGCGGCGCGCGCGUCACGGCGCACCGCGAGCCCGCGCCGCGCGCCGCCUGGGGGGACGCGCCGCCCGCGCCCGCCGCCAGCGACGGGGGUUUCCUGGAGCGAGCUCUCCGCGUGCCGUUGACGUACGUCGACGAGUCGGAGUCGGAGUCGGCGCCGGAGCGCGCGGACGGCGAGGCGGACGACGGCGCCGACGGCGGCAGCGGCGCGGAGGGCGGCGAGGGCGGCGAGGGCGCGGUGUGCGUGCGGCUGUCGGCGGGCGCGGACGGGCGCUUCGGGUUCAACGUGCGCGGCGGCGGCGGCGGCGCGCCCGUGCUCGUGUCGCGCGUGGCGCCGCGCACGCGCACCUACCUGCAGGAGGGGGACCAGGUUAUAUCAAUAAACGGCAAAGACGUGGACGAAAUGACGCACGACCAAGUUGUACAAAUGAUAAGAAACACGAAAGGCGUACUUACUUUGUUGGUAAAACCAAACGCUGUCUACGAGCCAGAAGAAUCAGGUCCCGAAGAGCCAGCCGUCUGCUUUGUACCGCUCGGGUCUGGCCAGUUUGAAGGUGAUCCUUUGGAACAGUCCAUGCUAUUGUUGGGUGACGGACUGGCCAGCGGGGCUGCCUUGAAACAGUACGAGACAUUGCUAAGACGGAUAUCUGAGGAAAGUGCAUCCGUGUCCAAACUGCCACAAAAUAUUAAUAAGAACAGAUACAGGGAUAUAGCGCCUUAUGAUUCAACACGUGUGAUAUUAAAGAAUGGACCCACCGGCGACUAUAUAAACGCCUCAUAUAUAAACAUGGAUAUACCUAACUCGGAUUUAGUACUCACCUAUAUCGCUACUCAAGGACCCUUACCGUCAACAGUGGGUGACUUCUGGCAAAUGGUUUGGGAAAGUGAGAGCAGUUUAGUUGUAAUGUUAACAGUGUUGGCCGAGAGAGGGCGUGCGAAAUGCCACCAAUACUGGCCCAAGGUUGGCACAACACCGUUAAAAGCUACAAAUACUCUAACCGUCCUUACGAAUAGUGAACAGAAUCAUGGUCAUUAUAUAAGGAGAGAUAUGACCAUUAAGAGCUCGUGCGGCGCGAGUCGCUCGGUGUGCCAGCUGCAGUACACGUCGUGGCCCGACCACGGCGUGCCGGACGACGCCGCCGCCUUCGUCGCCUUCACCACGCUCUGCUCGCAGCUGCGGAACAGGACGCACGUUAUACCAACAGUAGUGGAAGAAAUAAACGGCGAAAUAGAACGAGUUCUUGAUCCGCCCAUGAUAGUGCAUUGUUCCGCCGGUGUGGGCAGAACCGGCGCGCUCAUACUAGCAGAAACUGCCUUGGAACUACUGGCAAGACGACAGCCCUUGUAUCCACUGGAUUUAGUCAGAGCUAUGAGAACACAGAGACCUAUGUGCAUACAGAACGCUAGUCAAUACAAGUUCGUAUGUGAAAGUAUUCAAACCGCCUACUCGUUGGGACUCAGCGCAGCCGACAGCGCGUCCAACUGAUGACCGACCGUUCCCAUUGGGGACGUUUGUACUAAACUAGCUCAUAUUUGUAUUAAGGUAAGGUCGAUAUUCUAUUGUCAACCCGUCUUACAGCCAUUAAGUACUAUUAGAAUAUGUGAGAAUUAAAAAUAAUUUUAUACAUAUACGUAAAACUUAGCACGGAUGUCACUAUGUUGUAUAGUUGUAUACAGCGUGUUUUGUAUAUCAGUAACUUAAAAAAAAUAUAUGUUUUAAUAAUAAUUUUGAUACACAAUGGACUAAAAAAAUAGUCAUGAAAUCUCUGUUUUAAAUUAUUUAGUUAAACUUUAAUGUUUGUAUAAAUAUUGAGGUAAAAAACGAAAGCACGAAUUUAUCAGUUAGAUAUUUAAUUUAUGGUAUUUAUUUAUGCUGAGCUGCAUAUAAAUAGAUGUAUUCGAA